GAGCAGCCGUGGACGCUACCAACGUCAGCUGCAGAGGGGUGGUCUUUCGCACACGCUUGGUUAAAUGUAAACACCUCGACCGCACAAAGAUUGCACAGCCGCUGCGUUGCUUUUAAAAACUGAGGGAAAGAGACGCCGCGUAACGGACGCGUUUCCGGCCGAUUCCUUUUGUGUUCGUCACCCCUCCUACACACGGUUGGGAAAUUCCCUCCACAUGUAUAGUGAUUUGUGAGUGUUGGGGAGCCCGAUGGGGUUGAGUCCGCAGUUCGGGAUUAUGUGCUAGACUGACGAGCGCAGUAGAGGAAUCAAAGCAAGAGUUACAUGGAAGAAGGUGUGUUUGGGAAUACUUUGGGAAUACGCGGAAUUAUCGCCACCAAAAAGAGUCGGGCGGUGGAGCUGCUGUGUGUUUGUGUGGUGUGAUUGUGUGUUGAUACAGGAGAAACUGUUGGUUUCAAACAGUUGUGAGGUUCGGUUUCUCUGGUCACAGGGUCCGAUCGUGUGUGUGUUCUUAUGUGUGUGUGUCUGAGUUAUCUGAUCCCAUUGUGACUGGGAGGUGCUCAGGGGUGGAGCUCCACUGAGGGGCACAAAUCUACAAGCUGCAGCCUCUCAAACAUGAACAAACUGACUUUCCACAAUAACAAGACAAUGCAGGACCGCCGGUGUGUGUGUGUGUUCCUCCCGAAUGAUGAAACGCUCAACGUAAUAGUCAGUGUUAAGACGGUGUGUCAGGAGUUGUUGGUGCAGGUCUGUGAUCUGCUCAGGUUGAAGGACUGUCACCUGUUUGGCCUCAGUGUUAUUCAGAACAAUGAACACAUAUACAUGGAACUGGGACAGAAACUGUCGAAAUAUUGUCCAAAAGAGUGGAAACGGGAAGCCAGCAAGGGAAUUGACCAGUUUGGACCUCCGAUGAUUGUUCACUUCAGGGCACAGUAUUAUGUUGAAAAUGGCAGACUUAUCAGUGAUCGCAUGGCUCGGUAUUAUUACUAUUGGCAUUUGCGGAAGCAGUUACUGCAGUCUCAGUGCAUCCAGAGAGAAGAGGCUUAUUUCCUUCUGGCUGCAUUUGCGUUGCAGGCUGACCUGGGAAACUUCAAACGGAACAAACACUUUGGUGCCUAUUUCCAACCGGAAGCUUAUUUUCCCUCCUGGGUAAUUGCUAAGAGAGGAUGUGACUAUAUUCUUCGUCAUAUUCCAAACAUGCACAAAGAGCAGUUUGCUCUUACGGCAUCAGAGGCCCAGCUGAAGUACAUAAAGGAAGCAGCACUCUUGGAUGACGUGACUGUUCAUUAUUACCGCCUUUACAAGGAUAAGAAAGAGUUGGAAGCCUCUUUAACUCUGGGACUGACCUUACGUGGGAUUCAGAUUUUUCAGAAUGUGGGGACUGUCAGGCAACUCUUGUAUGAUUUUCCUUGGACCAACGUGGGAAAACUGGUGUUUGUGGGGAAGAGGUUUGAGAUUCUUCCUGAUGGUUUGCCUUCAGCCAGGAAGCUCAUCUACUACACAGGCUGUCCUCUGCGCUCACGACACCUCCUGCAGCUGCUCAGCAACAGCCACAGAUUGUAUAUGAACCUGCAGCCUGUGCUAAAACAGGUUCGGCGACUAGAGGAAAAUGAAGAAAAGAAGCAGUACAGGGAGUCGUAUAUCAGUGAUGCUCUGGAGGCGGACAUGGAUAAUUUGGAGCAGCGUUCACGUGCCAGCGGCAGCAGUGCUGGCAGCACGUCACGACCCAACCCCUUUUCACGACACUCCACCACGAGCCAUGGCAGCUCCCGCACAUCCGGCGUUGACACAGACAGUUUCCGGAUCCCUACAAACACACCCCACCGACCGCUGAGAACACACUCGUCUUCCAACACCAGUCAUGCCAGCACACACACGUCUGGCAUCGAGAGCAGCAGCAAGGAGCACUGCCUGGAUGAAGACGAGAUUGAGAUGCUGGUUGAUGAUCCAAAAACUUGUGAAGAUCUUCAUGAUUUAGAACUCAACCAUGAACUGUGUAUCCACAUUACAGAAGACAUGCUGUCAGCACAGAACAACGGAUGCUCUGGGUUAGUGGUGAAGGAAGUCAGUUCUUCCACAUCCAGCUCAUCAGAGACCAUAGUGAGAAUGAGAGGCCAGAGCAUCGAAUGUCUCCCUCAGACGGCGAUGGGCAGGAAGGGCCAGAGCUCCACAGACCGCCACAGCCAAUCACUUGAUGACGUUCGUCUGUUCCAGAGGAACUGUCAGGAGUGGGCGGAGCUGUGCCAGGACACUGCACAUAGCUAUACGUUCGGCUGUGAGCCAGAGCUCGGGGACACGGCCGGCUGUGGGUACCAGGGACUUGCAGAUCAGUGUGCCGGGAUGCGGAACAACCAGCAUGCGUUUCCCAUCAAGAGAACCAGCAAGUAUUUCUCUCUGGAUCUGGAUAGAGAAGAUCUGACCACAGACCACAUGACCACUGAAGCAGAGCCAGAGUUUGUGGUGUAACGCAGAGAGUAUUGAAAAGAGCCCCAGAACAAAUUAAGAAUUACAGGAUGUUAUUAUUAAAGGGAUAGUAAACGGAAAAAACUGAAAUUAUGGGAUUAGUUACUUACUCUCACUUCGUUAUAAAUCUGAUGGUUUUUCUUCUGUGGAACACAAAAGAAGAAAUGCUGAUGACUGCUGGUUGCAUUUUUCUAUGCUAUUAUGAUGAAGCACCAUCAAAGUAUCAUAAAAGUAUUAGUCAGGGUAGUGCUAUUUCUUUGAUUUUUGAAAGAAAUUAAAACUAGGCUGUGUUCAAUAGAUUGUACUCCUUGUUUAAAGGAUUAGUUCACUUUCAAAUGAAAAUUACCCCCAGCUUUACUCACCCUCAAGCCAUCCUAGGUGUAUAUGACUUU